CCUCAGCUUUGAUUCCAAAGUUACUUGUUUUUAAUAUUUUUAUUAAAAAUGAAAAUUGCCAGGUUAUGAAAUCAACUCUAAGCAAGAAAAUUUAUAAUCAGAACAAUUUUUUGUCAAAUUUACACAAGCUAGCAGGCCUUGUCAGAAAGGUUAUGUACAGAACUUAAAGCAUUAUAAUCAUUAGUUUCCAGAAUGGAUAGUGACCUGACAAGUUACGAUAUUAAUGACAUGGCUUCAAAAUGAAGGUCAAAGUCAGAGAUAUACAAUUUGAUAAGUAAGAGAGCUCAGAUCUACCUACCACUGAAGCCAUAUGUCAAUUGAGACUAUGUUGCCUACAUCUUUGAUGGUGUAAAACUGGCAAGGAGCAAAAUUUAAAGCAUUUAGUUUUCUUGUAUGAGCAAGUAAUCCCAGCAAAAGUACUCAAUGUUGAAGGACUGCGGCUGAUAGAUCCUGAAGUUUGCGAAUCACAGAAGUAAUAUUCGGAGAUACCUUCAAGACUAGAUGAUAUAUAGGCACUCAUCAAGACAUUGGAAAAUACUUUGAUUAGAGAAUAUUUUACCGAUUUCUUCGACAAAGUAAUGAAAACAGGAAUAUCUCACCGAGUAUCCCUCUAAGGUUCGCUAAAGAUUUCACUGAAGAAGGCUCACAUUUAAGAACAAAAGGAAGGUUUUAUCAGCUAGUUAACAGAGCUAAGAGUAGGAGAGGUGCAGAGUUGGACAAACAGGCUGAAAAGAAGGACAAAAUGAAAAAGGAGGACAGAAUUUCAGGACAAGAGGAACACCGGAAAAUGAAGACAGAGAUCGCCAAAUUCUAAAAGCUGCAUGAGAAGAAAGACGAGCAUGCAUCAAAGUUAAACAGACUUCACUAAUCAUGAGUGAUUGAUAAAGCA